AGUUUAAUUUAUUCUACGAUUGGAUAAAGAUUGGCGGGUAAAGAAGUUUAUCUAAAAAAAUUUAAUAUAACUUUUUAUAUUAUAUUUAUAUGUGAAAUAUAUAUAGUAAUUUAAAUGAAAAUAUUUAUCUUUCUAUAACUUAUAAUUUUAUUUUAUCGUGUAAUCUUUUCAAAUUUCAUAUAAUGGAAACUGCAAAGACUAGGUAUUCGAGAACAAUAGAAGAAGUACAUAAAAGUUUAGAAUUAGCUGUUAUUAAGGAAUCUGAUUUGCGGAAUGUAACGCAAAUUUUAUAUUCUACACAAGAACAUAUAAAGAAAACUACAGAAAAACAUAUAAAAUUAUUAGAACUUGAUGAACAUUUAAUAGAGGCAAUAAAUAAAGGAGACAGUUUAACAUUUCAGGGUAAUAAAAAAGAUUUUGCAGUAUUAUGUACAAGAAAUCGAACAUAUGAUAUUAGAGAAGCAGGAACAUCUAACUCUUGUUUAUUAGUACCAAAAUUAAAUUUAUCUGAACAAAUAAAUGUAAAUACAGAUCGAAUAAUAAAAUAUUAUAAUGUUUGUGGAAUUUUUCAUACAUAUUAUGAGACAAAAGAAUGUAAGCCUAAAUGGGAAAAAUUACUUAGUAUACUUGAACCCACAUCUUUUAAAGGAAUGGAAUAUGAAUCAUCAAUAAAUCAUGAACUUUUAUAUAAUUGGCAUAGAUUACAAAAUGAAAUACAAGCCAGUGAAGAUGAACUAAUUCAAGCUUUAAAUGAUUAUUUAAUAGUUAAUAUUGAUGGUUACUUUCGUCUAAUAUCAUUUGAAUUUGAAGUUCGAAGUUUAACACUUAUGUUAGAUAUUUUGGAAGAAAAUAGUUGGGCAUUAAAUGAAGUAGAUAAAGAAUUUACAUAUGAAUCUUUGAAAGAAUUUAUUUUUAAAUCAGUUUUUGAUGCUAUGUUUGCAAGAUAUACACAAGUAAGUGAAAAGUCAAAAAAGGAUGGAACAUCAUUAUAUAGGUACAAUGAGGAAAAAUGUUGUAAGACUUUAGCAAAAGUACUUCUUGCUGUUUCUCCAAUAACUGAAUAUAAACAAUUUAUGAAAUCAUGGAAUAUUGGCACACCAGAAAAAAUGGAACCAAAAGAAGAAUAUUUAAAAGGAAUUGCUCUUAUCAAAUGGAAUAAUUCAACAAUGACAAGAGAAGUGGUAUCAUUUACAGAAGCUAAUUUGCCAAUAGAUAUUAAUGAAAGAUUUAAUGAACUUUUUAAAGCAAAAAAUAAAUGGACAGUUCAGGAAAUAACACCUUAUAUAAUAAAUUUAACAACAAAUAAAAUGAAUGUUAAUGCUCUUCUAACUAAAUAUGCUAGGUGUUCAAUUAUUAAUGGUAUUAAAUAUUACAGUUCAAAAUAUGGUAAAUAGUUAAGUAAAAAUCAUUUAAUAAUACAAUGAUACAAUGCCAUAAUUCAAGCUUUUAACUUUUUUCUUUCCAAGAGUUUAGUUUUCAGUUAAAACUGUUUCCUUUUUUUCUUCUGAAAAGUUAUUAUUUCUAUUGUACCAUUGUUAAAUAUUAUUUCUACUUUUAAUUAGUUGAUUUAUAAUUAGUUGAUAUAAGUAGACUAGAUAUUACUAAAUUAUAGUCAGUGAAAUUAAAUACAUGAAAUAUAAUUUGUAAGCAAUAAGGAAUACUUUGUUGAUAAUGUGAUAGGAGUUUUUUUUAAGUAUAAAGAAAAGUUUUUCUACAAAGCAGACAAAGAAUUACAAUUGGCUCAUUAUUAGUUCGCCUUACGCGUAAUUAAAUAAAAUAAAUAAAUACUUGUUGUCAAAAUGGCACAAAGAAAUAUCAAUACUAUGCUAUGAUUAUUAAUUAAAUGGACGCAUUUCUAUUAAAAUUUAUACAAUAAUGUGAAUAUGUUGAUGCUGACCUGUUAUUGUUGAUAUUAUGCUAUUAUGUAACAAUCUUAAAAGUAUUCAUAAUGCUGAAAUCAUCUUACUAUUUAUUAUUUUGCCCGUAGUAAUAAUACAUAGUUACAUUUACACAAUUUUAUAAAUAUUUUUUAAAUAUUGUAUCUUAAUUUUUAUUACUUAAUUGAUAAUAGUAAUUGAUUCAAUGAUGCUAGAAUAUUUUCAUUUCAGUAGUUAUUUUAUCCUUUUUCUUAAAAAAAAAAAAAAAAUUACAACUAUCUUUAUAUAUACUAACAAUUAUAAAUAGUUUAUAUAUUUAUUAUUUCGUUAUACAAAUUACGAAAUCUUGUAUGAUCGUGGAAGAUAUUUAGCUAUAAAAAAACUAAAAUAAAUUAAACUUUUAUUAUUUUUAAGUUGAUUUAUGUGUGCGUGCGUAUGCUUGUGUGUGUAUAACAAAUAAUCCAGUAAAUUUAUUGAAUGACAAUUGAAAAAUUUAUAACAUAUAAUCGGCUUAUUAAUAAAAUUUGUCACAUAUACAAUUUUUUAAAUUAUCCAGCAUGUGUUUUAUAAAGAAAAAAGUUUCUUUUCUAACAAUAUUUUAAUUUUAUUACAUCAUCAUAUAUUGUAAUAUUCGUCAUGGCAUACUUAAAAACUAUUACUAUUGUGUAUAAAGAAGAAUUAUAAAACAAAAUAUAUACUUUAUACUAUUACAAUAUUGAAGAUGACAUAAACAUGCAUCAUGAAAGAUAUAGGAUUGAAAACUUUUGAAUAUUUCAAUAGAAUUCUAAUAAAUAAGUGACUACAAUUUAUGGAAAAAAAAAAAAAAAAAUUGAAUAUAGUAAAAAUAUAUGUGAAAAAUAAUAUUUACUAGAAAUAAUACUUGUAACCCAAUAAUUAAUAAUAAUUAAUAUUAUUAUUAAAUGAUAGAAAUUUUGAAUAUUUAUUUAUAUACAAUUAAAGUAAAUCUAAAGAAAAGUAUCUUAUAUUUUCGAUGCAAUAGCAGUGUCGAACAUUGUAAUCGUAAAUUACAAAUUCCUGGGAUGUUACAUUAAAAUGUAUUAUUGUAUAUGUAUAAUCAAUAAUAAAAUUUGUUCAUAUUGUACAUAUAAAUACGCCUUGGCACAUUAGUAUUCAAAACUAUAGUUGUUGUAAAGUAAUGAGCAAUGUAAAAAUCAGUCAAACAUCAUGGAUAAUAAUUUUAAUCCAAUAUGAAACUAAAUUUCCUCCCAGGAAUGUAAAAAAAUAAAUGUAUAAAAAUGGAAUACUUAAUUUAUGGAAUAUUUAAUAGAUUUGUAAAUGCACUGCCGUUAUAAGCGCAUUAUAUUGACAAGUUAUCAAUACUAUUCUUAUGCAAUGGUGAAAUUUGUAUAAAUAUUUUAUAGGAACUGACUUGCCGCUGAAGAAUGAUUCAUGAUUUUUUAUAAAACAUUUUAUAUAAAUUUCACAAAUCGAUAUGAAUUACAAAAUAAUUACCUAAUAGAAAUAACAUUCAGUCCCAUUUUUUACAAUUAUAAUCACUCCUUUUAGCAGGAAAUAGACUAUUAUAAAUUAUAAAUUCGUAAAAAUAAUUUUGUAAAAUUGUAUCCUAUGUGAAAUUAAAUUUUUUGCA